ACAGUGGCUGUACACAGCACAUGACGAACAGGUCAGACUGGCUGGAGAAUGUGAGGGAGUCGAGUGAGAAGUUCAUACUGCUGGGAGAUAUCACAAAGUUACCCGUCACUGGAGAAGGAGACGUCCUACUGCGUAGCAGGUUCGGGGAACUGAAGCUGAAAGGAGUACUGCUGGUGAAGGACCUAUCCAUGAAUCUGAUUAAACCACAGGGGAGGUUGUUGGAGUGGUUCCGCCACCCACAACGGACUACUCGUGACUUGGGGUGACGAGGAGAGAAGUGCGGACUUGGGACGAGAAGGAACUAGGAAGCGGGGAAUAUU